GCGUGGUCGAGAAGCAAGAUGGCGGACGCUCUGGAUGAAUUUAAGAAAGAAACUGGAUGCGUCCCGAUCCUCCAUCCCGAGGAAAUUAAACCCCAGAGUCACUAUAACCAUGACUACAGCGAGAGCGUCAGCCGCAAGAGCCACGUGGAUGACUACAGCACUUGGGACAUCAUCAAAGCCACCCAGUACGGGAUAUUCGAGCGAUGCCGUGAGCUGGUGGAGGCCGGAUAUGACGUGCGUCAGCCGGAUAAAGAAAAUGUCACACUCCUGCACUGGGCGGCAAUCAACAACCGCAUAGACCUGGUCAAGUACUACAUAUCUAAAGGUGCCAUAGUCGACCAGCUGGGAGGAGAUCUCAACUCUACACCACUGCACUGGGCUACACGACAGGGCCAUCUCUCCAUGGUGGUGCAGUUAAUGAAGUACGGCGCUGAUCCUUCUCUCAUCGAUGGCGAGGGAUGCAGUUGUGUGCACCUGGCCACUCAGUUUGGACACACCUCCAUUGUGGCGUAUCUCAUUGCCAAAGGACAGGAUGUGGAUAUGAUGGAUCAGAAUGGCAUGACCCCUUUGAUGUGGGCGGCUUAUCGGAUGCACAGUGUUGACCCGACACGGCUGUUGCUGACGUUUAACGUGUCGGUGAAUCUGGGUGAUAAGUAUCAUAAGAACACGGCUCUGCACUGGGCGGUUCUGGCUGGAAACACUACCGUCAUCAGCCUGCUGUUGGAGGCCAAUGCUAAUGUCGACACUCAGAACAUCAAGGGGGAGACGCCACUGGAUUUGGCCAAACAGAGGAAAAAUGUGUGGAUGAUAAAUCAUCUGCAGGAGGCCAGACAAGCCAAAGGUUACGACAGUCCCUCAUACCUGAAACGGCUCAAAAUGGACAAGGAGUUCAGGCAGAAGGUGAUGUUGGGAACUCCGUUCCUGGUGAUCUGGCUGGUGGGAUUUAUCGCCGAUCUGGACAUUGACUCCUGGCUCAUCAAGGGUGUGAUGUAUGCAGCGAUGUGGCUCGUCGUGCAGUUUCUGUCCAAGUCUUUCUUCGAUCACUCCAUGCAUAGUGCUCUUCCUCUGGGCAUCUAUCUGGCCACUAAGUUCUGGAUGUACAUCACCUGGUUUUAUUGGUUCUGGAAUGAUCUCCCUUUCGUCACCAUCCACCUGCCCUUCCUGCUCAACAGUCUGGCUCUCUUCUACAACUUUGGCAAGUCCUGGAAGUCCGACCCUGGUAUCAUCAAAGCAUCCGAGGAGCAGAAGAAAAAGACUAUAGUUGAAUUGGCAGAAACAGGCAGUCUGGAUCUCAGCAUAUUCUGCAGCACCUGUUUGAUACGGAAGCCAAUCAGAUCCAAACACUGCGCUGUUUGCAAUCGAUGCAUUGCCAAGUUUGAUCACCACUGCCCGUGGGUCGGCAACUGCGUAGGAAGUGGAAACCACCGUUACUUUAUGGGCUACUUGUUCUUCCUGUUGUGUAUGAUCUGUUGGAUGAUAUACGGAUGCAUUUGCUACUGGAGGAUUCACUGUGCUACCAGCUACACUAAAGAUGGCUUUUGGAUCUACAUCACCCAGAUCGCCACCUGCUCACCGUGGAUGUUCUGGAUGUUUCUCAACAGUUUGUUUCACUUCAUGUGGGUCGCUGUGCUCAUCAUGUGCCAGCUCUACCAGAUCGCUGUUCUGGGCAUCACUACAAACGAGCGCAUGAACGCCAGAAGAUAUAAGCACUUUAAAGUUACAGCCACGUCCAUCGAGAGCCCUUUCAAUCACGGCUGUAUAAGGAACCUCAUAGAUUUCUUCGAGCUGCGCUGCUGCGGUCUGCUGCGGCCCGUGGUGGUAGACUGGACCUCCCAGUACACAAUAGAGUACGACCAGACGUCCGGCUCAGGAUACCAGCUGGUGUAGCGCGGUGAAGGAGAAGACGGAGCGAGAAGGAGAAGAGGGGAGAGGUUUUCCUGAAGUGCUGCUCAAGGGGGACCAUCUCCUUCACCAAGACUUGCAAACCUCACCCAGUCAGGAGAACGCAUGCUGUCAUUGGUUACCGUCACCAAGUCCACCCGAGACGCAGGGACACGAGGAACAGAAAGAGGAGGAGUUUAAUGACAUCAGAGGCGGAUGCAGUACAACCGGCUCUCCUCAGUUGGUCAGCAGAGAAGUUUGUGUUUUGUUUCGCGCAUCGACUGCUUUUCGUUUUACCUUGGAUUUUUCCUGUGACCCCUUUUUUGUUGCUUUUAAAGAGAUAUCGGAUCUUAGUCGUGCACAAGUCCUGGUUCAACCUGGAACUUUGUGUAGGAAUGAGAAUUAGCAUAGCAAAAGCAUCAGGCGAUAUAGCGUUUUAUUAUUAGAUAUAGCGUUUACUAUUAUAGACUUUUAUUAUUAUUUAUUCAUCCUCAUGUCGCAUCAAACCCAUGUGACUGACUUUCUUACGUGGAACACAAAAAUAGAUAUUUAGCAGAAUGUUC